AUGCCUGUUACUCAGCACAUUCCAAAGCCGGGCAAUGAGCCCAGGGAUUCCAAGAAACCCCAUCGCCUGAUCAUCCGCCUCAAGCCAGUGGACUACAAGCCUGAGAAACCUCGUGUCCACGAUGCUACUUCUCAGCGCCUGAGCCGCCGCGAGGAGCCCCUGAGUCCCUCUCCUGUCGCAGAUAGUCCUCAGCUUCGCCGCAAGAGCACCUGGUCAUCUGCCUCAGGCUACAAGCAUAUCGACAGGUACGCCGAAUUUUUUAUGAACGAUCCCGCUGUUCACAAGGACGUGCCACGUCUCCAGAACCAGUACCUUCGGCCCAACGCCAAGUUUGUGGGCGAACAGCAGAGCGGUGCUUACCGCUACGACAUCAAGGUUGAGCUCAAGAGCGUGGACUUGGUGAGCUCCAUCGUGACGGGCUUUUUCCAGAUCCUGGGCCUUACGGACGAACAUCCGCUUAUUACCACCUGUUUCAAGGGCGAGAUCAUCAAUAACCCGCUCAAUAGCACUCGCUGGCAAAACCACCCUAAGGACUACCAGAUGAAGGAAUAUGCUUUCAUCACAGAAGACAGAAACUGGGGCUCUUUUCCCCAGAACGAUAUUGACCACUGGAGGACGCUCACCCGGGCCUCCAGCAGCAUGUCCGAAGAGCACCUUCUAUCGAAGUUGCGCAGCAUUCAUGCCGGGGACCUGGACAACCAGUACAUUUACAUGCGCUGGAAGGAGGAGUUUUUGUUGCCCGACCUGAGAAUCAAGCAAUUGAAAAAUGCUUCGUUCGAGGGUUUCUACUACGUGGUGCUCAACAUUGGUGGUGGCGCUAACACCAACUCGGGCGACUGCUUCUCCUCCCGCAUCAUUCCCGGCACCAUCAGCGGCUUGUACUACCAUACCCAGAACGAUAAGUUCCAGCUGCUCUCCUUGCGGUACGUUGAAGACAGGGAGAGCUCCUACACAUUUGACUUUGCCUAG